AUGCCGGCCCUACCUCUAGUACCACAGCAGCCUCCAGUCGCUCCACUCAACGCUGAGGCUCAAAAAGCACUUGCAGAUCUCCAGCGACAACAGAAGAUUACCAAAAGGCUGAACCAUCAUCUCGCUCAGGCAGCCGACCAGCUUGCCAAUGUUGCAGUGCAACUCAACGAUCGUGGUACUAAUUACACUUUGGAGUACGGAAGGAAGCGCAGAAGAGCCGAAGCAAAUGGUGAAGAGGAAGAUGGGCAAGAAAAGAUGGUAUAUGAAGACUUUCGAAAGAAGGUUGAAGACUUGACUCGAAUGAUGGACAAUGGCGUACGAUCCGUCGUCGACGACCAGACGUGGGUCGAUACCCUGCCCGAGAUCAUGAAGCGGAUAGCGCGCAAAGCCGAAGCAGCUGCUGCAACUGCACAGCAAGAAACGCAGAAUAUCGACGGCGAAGACGACGAGGAUAACGAAGCAACAGCAUACCCAGCCGCCCCGGCCCCCGAAGACGCCCCUUCCACCCUCAUCAAGAGAGCAGCCGAAGACGUAGCCACCAAAUGGUGCUCCAAAACCCUCACAGAACGCUACUCCCAACACAACACCUAUGUAGGCUUUUACCGGGGAGUCUACGAUGCCAAAAACCCCGGUGAAGACGGUCCACCCAUCCCGCACCACUCCCUCUGGUUCGCCAACGAAGAAGACAUCAACGGCUCCUACAUCGCACCAGGCACCCAACCACAGACCCAGCGAACGCGACGCCAGCACCGCGGCGCCUCCUCAAACGAAGAAGACCCCGGUCAUUCAUCCGACAUCGAAAUCGCGCGCGAAAAGAUCUCCAUCAAAUGCCCCAUCACCUUCCUGCCCUUCACGGACCCGCUCAGCUCAACCAAAUGCCCGCACUCCUUCGACCGACCCGGCGUAAUGGACAUGCUGCAGCGGACGCAGACUUUCCUGCCGCUGACCGAGGCGCAAGCCGCCGAAGUCGCCCGGGCCCCCAACAACGCCGCUCGGUCCAGGAAGACGGCCGAGUUCCGUAUCAAAACCAUCCCUUGCCCCGUGUGUUCAAUUAUGCUUGCGGAAGCGGAUCUGAAACCCGACCCGCUGCUGCUGCGGAAAGUGAAGCGGAUCCAGGCUGCGGAGGCGAGAGAGAUGGAAGCCCGGACUAGUGAGGCGGACUCCAACUCCGACGACUCGGAUGAGGAUGAGGAUGAUGAUGAGAUAGUAGCGCCAGGGACGCAGAGGAAGCGGGUUGGUCCUGGGUCGAGCCCGCCGAGGACGGGUGCGAAGGAAGGGAAGAGGAAGAGUGCGCUGGAGAUCAAGAUGGAGAGCGCGAGGAGUAAGAGUCGCGGCGUAAGUGUGGUGCCGCAGACGCAGUUAGAUGAGGACAUGGAGGAUGAUUGA